UUUCACCCCAAAAGUCAAUUCUCAUCUCAUUUCUCAUUUCAAAUCACGUUUUCCUUCUGCAUAGACCGGCAGUUGUUGUGAAUUUCUAUUGGUUACCAUUAUUUUAAUUUUUCUUUGUGAAAUAAAUUCAAUUAAACAGUAAAUCAAAAAUAUAUUCCAACAUGUUCCGCCUGCCAGCAACAAUUUCUCGGCUCUCUAUUGCUCGCCAAUAUGCUGUACGUCAAUAUGCCAAAGACGUUAGAUUUGGACCAGAAGUGCGCGCUCUGAUGCUCCAAGGCGUGGAUAUAUUAGCCGAUGCUGUAGCCGUGACAAUGGGCCCAAAAGGGCGUAAUGUAAUUAUUGAACAGUCAUGGGGUUCACCAAAGAUCACAAAAGAUGGUGUGACUGUAGCUAAGUCCAUUGAAUUAAAAGACAAAUUCCAAAAUAUUGGCGCAAAAUUAGUGCAGGAUGUUGCAAACAACACCAACGAGGAAGCAGGAGAUGGAACUACUACUGCUACUGUUUUAGCUCGUGCUAUCGCCAAAGAAGGUUUCGAAAAGAUUUCUAAAGGUGCUAAUCCCGUAGAGAUUCGUCGAGGUGUUAUGAUUGCAGUUGACGCUGUCAAAGAUAACCUAAAAACUAUGUCUCGUCCUGUGAGCACACCAGAAGAAAUUGCGCAAGUAGCCACAAUAUCUGCUAACGGUGAUGUUGCUGUAGGAAACUUGAUAAGCGAGGCCAUGAAGAAGGUUGGACGAGAUGGUGUCAUCACCGUUAAGGAUGGAAAAACUUUGACCGAUGAGUUGGAAGUCAUUGAAGGCAUGAAAUUCGAUAGAGGUUAUAUUUCGCCAUACUUCAUUAACUCUUCGAAAGGUGCCAAAGUUGAAUUCCAAGACGCUUUGGUGUUGUUUUCCGAAAAGAAAAUUUCCUCUGUUCAAUCCAUUAUCCCAGCUCUGGAACUUGCAAAUGCACAAAGAAAACCUUUGGUCAUCAUCGCUGAAGACAUUGAUGGAGAAGCUUUGAGUACCUUAGUAGUUAACCGAUUGAAAAUUGGUCUUCAAGUUGCAGCUGUUAAAGCACCAGGUUUCGGUGACAAUCGAAAAUCCACUCUUACAGACAUGGCUAUUUCUUCAGGUGGUAUUGUUUUUGGUGACGACGCUAACUUGGUUAAAUUGGAAGAUGUCCAAAUAGGUGAUUUGGGAAAAGUUGGCGAGGUCGUAAUUACAAAAGACGAUACACUUUUGUUGAAGGGCAAGGGCAAGAAGGAAGACAUUGACAGACGGGUAACCCAAAUCAAGGAUCAAAUUGAAGAGACUACUUCUGAGUACGAAAAGGAGAAAUUGCAGGAACGGCUCGCUCGUCUAGCUUCCGGGGUGGCACUUUUGCGUGUUGGUGGUUCAAGUGAAGUCGAGGUCAAUGAGAAGAAGGACCGUGUCCAUGACGCUCUAAAUGCUACCCGGGCAGCUGUUGAAGAAGGAAUUGUUCCCGGAGGUGGAACUGCAUUGUUGCGUUGUAUUCCAAAAUUAGACGGUCUCAAAGGUGCCAAUGAAGAUCAAAACAUGGGGAUUGAUAUUGUUCGUCGUGCCCUCCGAAUGCCAUGCAUGACUAUUGCCAAAAACGCUGGCGUUGAUGGUGCCAUGGUUGUAGCAAAGGUUGAGGUUAAGGAAGGAGAUUUCGGCUACGACGCUUUGAAGUCCGAGUACGGCAAUCUUAUCGAAAAAGGUAUCAUCGAUCCCACCAAAGUUGUUAGAACCGCACUGACCGAUGCUUCAGGGGUUGCUUCCCUACUUACGACAGCUGAAGCUGUUGUCUGUGAAACUCCUAAAGAAGAUGGUGCACCAGCUAUGCCUGGUAUGGGUGGAAUGGGUGGUAUGGGAGGCAUGGGUGGAAUGGGCGGUAUGAUGUAAAAACGAUAAUGAAUGAUUGUCCUGCGCAUCACUGCUUAUUUUAUACAUAAAAUGUUCUCCUUGUUUAAUUUUUCUACUUUAAAUUUUUGUUUGUAUUUUAAAAAAACAAAUUCCGUUUCUUCAUUUAAGUAACUUCCAUUUAAUUUCUUUUUCUAAAUAAAUGUAUACAUAUUAUAUAUGUAAAAACCGAACAACUUAAUUUUUGUUCUUGAGUACUUGUUGCACUUAAGACUUGUUAUUUUGUAAAUUAUGAUUACCAUUAAACUACACACUGAUUAAAUAUGCAAAUCUUAUAUUAUAUUUAGAAGAGGAUUCAAAUCAUAUUUGAUUCAGUGUGCAAGUAGUAGUCAGUUUAAAAAAAUAAUAGAUUUUAGUUUAUAAAAAAAUGUAAACUUGUUUUUAGAAAGCCUGUUAAAUUGCAUUUAUUUUCACAGGUUUUAAAUAAAUUGUACGUCUUAUUUUGGGGACAGAAAAUAUAUAUAACUUUUAAAAAUAAAAA